ACCACAGCGCGUUCUCACGCGUCCACUUAAAUGGCCAGCCGGGGCUCCAUUCCUUAACCUCAUACACUUGUGAAUGAUUCGACUUCGUACCUUUGACCGCUUUCCAACUCGAGACAAUUAUUUUCAGUAAACAACAACAGCCCCAAACCCACAGCAUCUACAUAUCGAAUCCUAUACAUCCUGCAAACAGGCCGAGGCGGUUCUUGACCAGGACUGUCAUAACCUUUGUUACUUCUUCUCUCACCCAAUCUUUGUCAAGAACUCGUCUCUCAUCUGUGGUACACAAUGCCGUACAACACCACGGCAAUUCCUCCCCGGAAGGAAGUGACCGGUCAAACUCAACUACCGCUCACAAGAGUCAAGAAGAUCAUCGCAGUAGACCCUGACAUCGCCGUCUGCUCCAACAAUGCCGCUUUCGUCAUUACUCUGGCAACAGAGAUGUUCGUCCAGUACCUCACCGGCGAAGCCCAGAACAUGACCAAGCUGGAGCGUAAGCCCCGGCGGAACAUCCAGUACAAGGACAUGGCGAACGCCGUGACCCACCAAGACAACCUCGAGUUCCUUGAGGAUAUCAUCCCCAAGACGACUUCGUACAAGGAAGUCAAGAACAAGACGGCCGCCGCCCGCGCCAGGGUCAGCGGCGAGAAAACUGGCAAAGCCGCUGCCGCCGAGGAGGAUCGUCCGAAAGACGGCAUGCCCAAUGGCAAGCGGCCGAAGUCCAUCAUGAACGGUACCGCUUCCCCGGCCAACGGCCUCGCUCGGGGUGCGGUGCUGUCCUCUGACGCGGCGGACCCCAACGACCAGCUAGAGACGGAGAUGAGGCAGGCCCAGGAGCACGACGACGGGGACGUAGACAUGACGGGUUAGUGGCCGAUGAAUCGUUCACGUUUGGUUGGGAAGGA